ACGAAAGACUGACAAAUCAAAUUAGUGUUCUUCGAAAAGCGAACGUCACUGCGAUCACAAAUCGCCGAAAUGUCAACAUCGAGAUCAUUCUUGGAUGCACAUGCAGUGUCUCUCGUCUCGGUAGACUUCUUUCAAAUUCGCGACUGCAUUGAUUGAAAAGCAACCUUCAUGAAAAAACUGACAGGACAGGACCCCUCUGGAUAUUACCAAGACACACCGAGAAUAUCAAGUUUGAUUUUCGUCCACCCCACAGAGCUAGCUUUGAAAGCGACACGGAAAUUCGCUACGGCGGAAGCCUCGCUGAAGCCGCUUCUAGGUGUAUCAGAGAAUAAUUGAUUCGCCAAUAGCCUACAGUUUCUUUUUCAUUCGAGUUAACGUUUGGAAAAAAGAUCUUCGCUACAAUUUUUCUUUGCGUACCACAGAUUAAGCAUUUCGCAGGGAAAAAAAUGUCGGGGUACUAUAACAAGAAGGGGGAGUUCAUUUACGGCGAGGUGCCCGCGCACAUCCGGCGGCAAGAGGAGGCCAAGGCCCGGCAGAAGGCCGCCGAAGACGAGCAGUUCAAAUUAUUCGAAGAGGACUUUGUGAAGGAUGACGACCCGAUAGAUGGGGACGAGGACGUGGGCGAGGGAGAGGUCACCGAGGCCUGCCUGCUCGGUCCGCCAUCUACUUCGGCCAAUAAUGCUGCGGGCGGCGCGUCCAGCAGUUCCUCCUCCUCGACCGCCGCACCGGUGUUGCCGCCCCCUCCCAGCGACAGCGAGGAGGAAAAAGAACCGGUGGAUCCCAGCAAGAAGGAGCAGCUGGACGAUUUGUUCGCGAAUUUGAUGGGCACGAUAAAUACCAUGGGGACGCAGCGACAGAAGGCAAACAUGAGAAAGUACUCCUCGCCCGAAGAGCUGGUCAGCCGAAUAUUGGACCAUGCAAGAAGUAAAUACUUUCAUUUUUCAUUGGUUUUGCAGGUGUGUAGGUCCAUGUGUGACAGAUUAUGACGACCGGUUUUUUUGUGGAAUGUAGUUUGUUAAACGAAGGAGCGCAGUUACUGUUGAUCCUAAAACCUAAACUACCCUCUCAUGAUGUGUGGCAAAAACCAAAACAGGUCCGUUCGAGAUUCUGGGCGUUACCCCUGAAGCCGAAAAAGCCGAGAUCACAAAGACGUACCGAAACAUCUCGCGAAUUAUUCACCCGGAUAAGUGUCGAGUGGAAAGAGCGCAAGAGGCGUUCCAGAAGGUCCUGGAUGCGUACAACGAGCUGAAGGAGGGCAAGUCGCGCGAGCGCUACAAGGACAUUUGGGACGAAGUGCGCGCCGAGGUGUUACGCGAACACGAAGCCUUCAAUGAGGAGAAGCUGCGCAACAACGACACCGAGGGAUUGUUGCCAACGGAGGGGUACGAGUUUGACGAGGCUGUGAUCAAGCGGUGUGAAGAUCGCUUGGACACGAGUCAGAAGAAGGAAGAAGCUGAAGAAACUUAUGCGGAUAAGGUACAACGAGGAUUCUUCUGUUCAAAGCUGCAGUGUUGUAUGCAAUGGAUUAUGCACUAGGUAGUGGAAUGACAUAAAUAUAUCGAUGUACGAUUUUCUGUCAGAAAAGGAUGAUGAAGCGCUGUGAUGUAUACGUGCGAAUCCUACAAAAGCGCAAGAGAUCGUGAUCUGCUUUUCCUAAGUGUCAAAUUUGUUUUUUUUUCAGGUUCGCAAGGCCAACGAGGAGCGGAUAAAGACCCGCGUGGACGAGGAGAAGGCCCGGGAGGGGAAGCAGAACAAGAACGAAAACCGGUGGAAAAAGGGCAUGGACAAGCGGGUCGCCGGUUGGCAGGUGUUUCAGGCCAACGUGAACGCAAAGCGGUUUAAAAGCGAGAGUUGGGCCAAGGUCGGGCAGGUGGGCGCCGCGGACCGCUUCCACAAGCGCGAGGAGAAGACCGACGCGCAGAUUCGCGAGGAGCAGAAGCUCCACAUGACCGCGGACGGCGGCAAGGGAAAGGGCGGUUUGCAGAAAAAAGCGGCCGGGCUCGAUGACGGCUUCAAAAAAGUGUGGAGGUGA